AUGAUCCAAACCAACUCAGGCAUCGUAGCAUCUCUCUCUCAACUCCGACAUCAUCUCAUUCUUCCAACAGUCUUGAUCAUGCUCCGUCUCACUCGAUGGCUAGGAUCUUACCAUUGCCUUAUGGACUCGCAUCACCCGAUCUACCUCACAUGGAAUCUCAAUCAGCAUUACACAUGA